AUCACCGUGUUUUAGGCUCUAUAUUUGAACACCUAUGGGCAUAUUGGAGCGUAUGGGGAAGGCAUCAAGUAACUUGUGAACGUUUAGUGGUGUUCUUCAGAGAUGUCCACUUUCUAUUCCUAUUUACUUUUGUCAUAUCCGUGCUUAUCGAGGUUUCAUUCUCCUCUGACUUAGUAGGAAUUGACCUAGUCUCAAGAAAUUCCUUAGUAGAGCUAGAGUGCACGGAUGACAUAAUACUGUUAGAUAAAGAUGCUGGCAAGAUGCAAAGUCUGGUGCACACUGGGUGUGGUUCGAGAAUGAUUGGGAAGCGUUUAUUACUGCUCAUAUGUGAAUUGUUGCCCCAGAACUGGUCUUCGGUGGUACCCUGUCCAACAAUAGAGAGCGAAGUAGUUGGAUGCAUUGACCACGUCACUUCCUUAAGAAGUUGGAUUAGCCCUGAUGGGCCGACGGAAUCUUUGAAUGGAUGCAAAUAGACCGAUCAACCUUCGCCA